GUCAGCCGGUCCUGGCGCCAAAGUAGCAAGGAGGAAGAGUUGUAAACAACAGGAGAAUUUUCAGUUCAAUGUUUUAGCGACUAUAUUUGAUGUAAAGCUAUAUUUGACCUUAUUUGACGACAGAAUGGACACACAGUCAUAUCUCCCUGUACAACCUGGAGUGGGAAUGGAGGAGAAUUUCCUUUCUCUCGACGAUAUUUUGCUCUCUCAUGAGAGGCUUCCCAUCCGAACACAGUGCGCUUUUCCCCGGCUGGGAUUCCUGGAGAAGUCGAGUGACACGCAGGACAUACCGGAGGGUACAAAGAUGGAGCUUCCCCUGUGGCUGUCCAAGGGACUGUACGAGAGGAAAAGGAGAGUGUUGUCAGUUGAACUUCCAAAGGUGUACAGAGAGGGCUGGAGGACCGUGUUCAACGCCGACCCCAACGUGGUGGACCUGCAUAAGAUGGGGCCCUACUACUACGGCCUCGGAUCCCAGAUGCUGCACUUUGACAGCCCAGAGAACCCAGAGAUUGGACAGACGCUGCUGCAGACGUUCAUCGGUCGGUUCAGACGGACCAUGGACUCCUCCCAGAAUGCCUACAAUGAGGACACGUCUGUUCUGGUGGAGCGUCUGGACUGUCUGGAGAAGGCUCUGUUCAGGUCAGGGCAGAGCGGCCUCAACAGCUUCCAGAGCUGGGAGAAGGGCCAGGCCUCUCAACUCACCGCCUCCAGUCUGGUUCUCAACUACCGGAAAAGGAAGAUAACCGAUGUACAGCACUGACCUCGGUCCUGCUGGUGAGAGCUACGGACACUGGCCAGAACUUAGUCAGCAUGUCAGAGCGUGACAACAACAGACUGACUGUCAUUUUCAUUUCCACCUUUCCCUACACCACAGUCUGAGUACAUCAUUAGAGUAUGAAUGGCUUAUCUAUUUAUUUUGUCACAUUGUUCCCCUGAUACUGCACAAACUGUCAAUUAAUAUGUAAGUUGAUGGAUAUUCAGUUGAUUUAGAAAUAUUCAAUUCUUGUAAUUUUGAUUGUUGAAAAUUGUUUUUAUCAUAUCAAGUAAAGAUUCCCUACAUUUG